GACUAGACGUCUAACGAGCUUCGUCGGCAGAGCUAAGUUCAGUUUGACAUGAUCUAUUAUCGGGAGGAUACUCGUACACAACCAUACUAAAUCCGAUUCCACGAAAUUGCUUACGAUGCGCGGUAUCCAGAUCAAAGAGUAUGUCAAGGGUCCACGCGACCUCACAGUGACCGAGCUCCCUGAUCCAAAACCUCAACCGACUGAGUACCUGAUAGGCGUCAAGGCCUCUGCCACAAACUUCUUCGAUCUUCUCCAGAUCCGCGGGAAAUACCAACAUCAGCCACCUUUGCCUUGGAUCGCUGGCGCCGAGUUCUCUGGAGUUGUCCUCGCCGUCCCAUCCAACCCAAAGGGUGGGAAGACCAAGUUCAAAGUAGGAGACAGGGUGUUCGGCGCUUCGCAAGGUGGUUUCGCGACCAAGAUUGCAGCCUCAGAGGAGAAGCUUAGACCGGUGCCAAGAGGCUGGAGUCACUUUGAUGCCGCAGGGCUCUUUGUGACUGCGCCAACUAGCUAUGCCGGGCUAGUUACAAGGGCGAACUUGAAAAAAGGAGACUGGGUUCUAGUACACGCCGCUGCUGGAGGUGUUGGGCUGGCUGCCGUACAGAUUGCGAAAGCUUUGGGAGCGACGGUCGUUGCGACUGCUGGGACAGAGCACAAGCUUGAGGUUGCGAAGCGUUUCGGGGCAGACUAUGCGGUGAACUACCGAGACAGCAAAUGGCCGGAGCAGGUCAAAAAAUUGACGCCGAAGGAGCGCGGUGUUGACAUUGUCUAUGAUCCGGUAGGGCUGAUCGCACAAAGUAUGAAGUGCACGGCAUGGAAUGGAAGGCUUCUGGUCAUAGGCUUUGCAGCUGGUGAUAUUGAGAAGAUGGCCACUAACAGAAUUUUGUUGAAGAAUGUUAGUGUGGUUGGACUGCACUGGGGUGCAUAUGCUACAAAUGAGCCCGAAAAGAUUGAGGAAGUUUGGAGUGAUCUAUUUGCUCUUAUGGAGAGUGGAAAGAUCAAAGGUACAUGCUUUACAGAUAGGGAGUAUGUUGGAUUGGAGACAGUUCCGGCCGCUCUAGAAGCUCUAGGGGCGAGAGACUCCUGGGGUAAGGUGGUAGUGAAGGUGCCGGAAGGACAAAGCAAGCUAUGAACAUACACGUGUAUAUCGGUACCAAAAGUAAAUUGUAGAGACCAAGUUUAUACAGUCCAAGUGAUCGCGCGCGGU